UCUUUUAUAUUAGAGAUUAAUGUGAAAUGGUCAAUUGUUACAAAUAAAAAAAAUUAAAGGUACUUUAGGGGAAGCUGAUAUUGAAAAUUAGCUAUUUAAGCCCGGUUAGAGAACAUUAAUCAGAAUAAAAACUAAAUAUUAUUUUAAAAUGCUUAAUUUUAUUCUGAUAUAAUGAAUUUAAUCAAAAUCGUUAGAGCCGUUUUCGAGAAAAUCGUAAAAAUGUAUUUAGGCCAUGAUAUAAAGUGCCACUUCUGGUUAGCCAAUUUUGACGAAAAAGUUGCUGCAACAUCCCUAGCAUAUAAAAACCUUAAAUAUGCAAUUUCACUUCCAUACGACUUUUCGUUUUUGACCUAGACUAAUAAUAUAAAUACACAGACCAUUUUGCGGGUUAUUCGGACUCAGGAGUCUUGAAACAUGUAUUUCCAAUGAAAACUCAGACUCGAAAAUUUUAACGAUCGCAGUACUUACCCUUACUAUAUAUUGCACAUAUAGGUAAGUGAAAGUAAAAAUAAAUGAAUAACAACUACUACACGAAAAAGAUUAAAUUUUAAAAAUCUUUCUCUUGGAGUAAAAGUUUUGAGCUUACAACGUCAUUGAGCGAUUCUAGGUUUGGAAUAAUGAACUUGAACAUGAACAUGAAUGAUGAUGAUGAGUAAUUAAAAUAGUUCUUGCCCAGGUCUGUUUCAAACCUGUUAAAAUGGACUUUAAUAAAACCGAAACGUCAUGGAAGGGGUGCCGCUGCGUGUUGGUUUUCCUCAUGCCCAUUAAGCCUUUUUAUAUUAUUUUAUUCAUUUUUUGUUCACAUGAUUAUGCCAGCUUAUCUACUGAUUGUUGAUUUGUAAUUGACAAGUGCAGAUUAAUAAAUGAAAGUGCAAAAAAAUAAAUAAAUAAAACUAGUAAUUUGUAUUUUAAAAAUUUAAAUUUGGAUUUAGUUACUAUUUGUGUAAACCGACUACUGUGACUCACAUAAUAUCGGCACUUCACAUCUCUUCAAAGCUGAAAAUUGUAAUAAAUUUAAAAGUUAUUAAUUAAGUCGGUUUGAAAAAUUAAUGAUUCGGGUACGAGAGUAAUAUUUUCAAAUGUUUAAUAUAUGCUAUCACGGUAAUCUGUACUUAAAAUAUAUUAAUGAACUUUUUUUUAAGUUGACAGCUGUUAUCUUAUCAAGCUUACACAAUUCUUAAACCCCCUCCACUUUAAACUCCUCGUUAUUCACUUAUCUCGGUAGUGAUAUUAAAGUUCCCUGGAAGGGCGACACAACAGUGAUUGGAUUUGACAAUAUUGCUGCCUUUUUAAAUAACAGCUGGCUGUACAUUUCCUUGCGUGUUUUUAGAUGAUAAUCUAAUUCUCAUAAUGGCUUCUUUACAUAAAAAAAUAUUCACAAUAACGAAUUUGGGAUUGAGGUUUGCUUCUACAAGCCCAAAUUUUGAUCAUAGUUGUAAGGUGUUAAUAUUAGGAGGAGGGACUGGUGGAUGUUCUGCAGCUGCUAAGUUUUGUUACAAGCUGGGAAAGGGCAAUGUUAUAGUCAUUGACCCUGCAGAUAAGCAUUAUUACCAGCCAUUGUUAACACUUAUUGGUGCUGGCGUUAAACAACUUGAAGCAGCUUCAAGACCUAUGGUUUCUGUUUUACCGAAAAAAGCGAAAUGGAUUCAAGAUAGUGUCAGCAAAAUACAUCCAUGUAAUAAUUAUGUCACAACAGAUAUGGGACUCAACAUAUCUUAUGAAUAUCUUAUUGUUGCCCUUGGAAUUGAAUCACACUUUGAAAAGGUAAAAGGAUUACAAGAAGCUCUUGAAAAUCCCAGGAGCGGGGUUUCGUGUAAUUACUCUGCAAACUAUGUUGAGAAGACGUGUGAAAACAUGUCAAAUCUGAAGGAAGGCAAUGCUAUAUUUACUUUCCCUAAUACACCUGUCAAAUGUGCUGGAGCUCCUCUCAAAGCUUGUUAUCUAACCGAGGAUUAUGUUAGAAGAGCAGGGCGUCGUGACAAAGUAAAUUUCUACUAUAGGACAUCUCUCCCAGUUAUAUUUUCUGUUAAGCAUUAUGCUGAAAAGUUAUUAAAACUAUGCGAAAAACGUAAUAUAGAUGUUGGUCUGAAGCAAGAAUUGAUUGAAGUUAAUCAUGUCACUAAAGAAGCAAAGUUCAGGCAAAUCGAUCGUCCUCUAGAAAUAGAAACAAUGCAGUACUCUAUGCUGCAUGCUGUUCCACCUAUGUCACCUCCAAAACUUUUAGCUGAAUCAAGUAAGGAUUUAGUGGAUCAUGCUGGUUAUUUAAGAAUUAACAAAGCAACACUACAACAUGACAUUUUCCCAAAUAUAUAUGGCAUUGGGGAUUGCACAAAUUUACCUACUUCUAAAACAGCAGCUGCAGCUGCUGGCCAAGUUGGUGUACUCUAUAAAAACCUGAGCAGUACAAUGAGUGGGAAAGAUAGUUCUUCUAAGUACGAUGGUUAUACAUCUUGUCCACUUGUGACUGGCUUUAGUAGUUGUAUCCUAGCUGAAUUUGAUUACGAUCUUCAGCCCUUGGAAACAUUCCCAUUAAUAGACCAAAGCAAAGAACAUCGUUCAAUGUAUAUUAUGAAAAAGGAUUUAAUGCCAUUUUUAUAUUGGUAUGGAAUGGUGAGAGGUCAUUGGAGUGGACCUAAUAUUUUAAGAAAAAUGCUACAUCUUGGUCAAAGUAAAUAAUGAGACAUCUUUUUUUUUUUUUUUUUUUUUGUUCACUUUGUAAAAGUGUGUUAUUCAACUAUGUGUGUUAUCUAAUUUUAUAUAAAAGGCUAAUGUUCUGAAAGUUAAAUACUAACAGUAUUAUUAAUGUAUUUCUAUUUACUGUGAGAUUAAUUGAAAUUUAUCAGAGUUGUUAAUAUCAUGACAAAGAAAAUGUAACAUUAUUUUGGAUAUUAUAUAUAAUAUAUUUUAUGUAUGUUGAAAUAAAAAGUCUUGCUUUUAACAAUUCUACUUUAUUGUUCCAUAAUUAUGUACAUUUUGAAAUCAAUAGGUAGUUCACAUUUAAUGAAAACACUUUUAAGGUAUAAAUAUAUAUGUAUAUCUAUAUAUGUAUAUAUAUACAAAAAGUAGGAUGUAAAUUAAUAUAGAAAAAGGCAUAAUGAAUGAGCCUGUAGCUGGUUGGGUAUUGUUUUCAUACCCAAUAACAAGCUACAAUGCCCAAUAUUGUAAUUAUGCCUAAAUUAUAUUUUUUAUUACACAAUUAACAAUUAAAAUAAACUGUCGAAUAGCGUUUUUUUUAUUUUUAUUUUAAACCCUAAAACAAAUUAACAAGAGGUAAUGGUAAAUUUACUAAUACAGUGCUGUAAUUAAUUUUGUAAAUUUUGUUAUCUUUUGGUAAAAAUAUACAAACUAAAUGAUAGAACAUUCGGAAUAAUUACUUUCAAGAUGACAAAAUUUACAAAAACCCAACAUAUAAAUUCGAUGAUUUAUGGACGGCGUCACAAAAAACUAACAAAUUGUCAUUCGCUUUAUACCUCAAGGUAGUUUGAGGAGUUGUGGUGGCAAAGAAAGAAGCGCACUGAUUUAUCCUUAUCAACUUAAAACUUAUUGAGGUAGACAGUAGUCGACGAUAUUAACGUACAUUUAAUUUAUCUACAAUUAGCAGUGCACCUCAACCUCGAGGAUUUACGUUAUUAUUUAUGUAAAAUUAUUCUAUAUCAAUUCAUAAUGCCGUAACUUAAAAUUGUACUAAUUUUUUAAAAAAUAAUAUUUUACAGUCAUUUUAAAGAAUAAUAUAAAUAAUCAUAUAUAUAGUGCUUUAACUAUAUCGAGUUAUUAAAGAAAAAAUAAAAGCAUCUUCUUUAAAUAAAGAGUAUUUAUAAGACAAAUAGAAAAGAACAAAGUGCUCCCAAGAGCAAUAGAAUUUGAUACAUGUCAAAUUCACAAAAGCACAAAUAUUUAUUAUAUUAAAUAGAAUAAACAGUCAUAUAUGAUAUUAAAGGUGUAUUUAAUUAUUAUUAAUUAGUCAAAUUGUCUUCUUAUACAACUAUAAAGUAUUUUUAUAUUUAAAAAAAAUUAACUUAUUUCCAGUUCAAAAUCUAUUAGGUAUGUUUUAGUAAACUCUUUAUCAAUCGCGAUAUAAGCAAAGUUAAGAUAAUAUUUAGAAAUAAUACACAAAUUCAAAAAAUCGAAGCAAAAUUAUUAAUUCAGAAAAGCUAAAAAUCAAGACUAUUGAAAAAGUAACUGAUUACAUAUAUUUUAUAUAUGUACUUAUAAUGAUUUAUACAAAAUGAAAAAUUGUAACAAUAGUUGAAUAAUUUAAAAUGCUUUAUUUUUACAGAGAAGAAUCUCUCGGAGAUAUUCACAACCUUCUUCCUAAUUCUAUAUAUAUAUUUGUUAUGUUUUAUGUAUUAAUCUAUUUACAAGUUUCAACAAUUGGAUUACCUCAUAUAUACAUACACAUAUGUAAAUAACACAAUCACACACAGACACAUACAUACAUAAAUAUCUAUAAAUGUGUAAGUAUAUUAUACACACUUAUAUAUAUUAUGUACAAUCACACACAAACAGAUAUUUAUAACAAAGACCCAAUAAUUAUUUAGUAAUAAGCAGAUAUGGGUCAAAGAAGAGCAUUUAUUAUUUAACAAUGACAUCUAAAAUGUGUCAAAAUUAUAUCAGCAUAUAAUGCUAAACGGAAUCAAUCACGGUAAUUUUAAAUAAAAGAAAAUAUUUUUCAGUCUUAUACAUAAAAAGAACAGAUGGCAGAAAUAUAGGUUUCUGAAAUCCAGCCUUUGGUUUCUUAAUGUCGCCCUCCACCAUCCAAGCCAACCUAUGAACAGUUAAAAUUUUAAUAAAUUUAUUUUCAAAUCAUCUUGUUAGUUGGGAAGGAUAAUUUUAAUAUUUCAACAAUACUUCAGGCAAUGUUUAAAGUUCAAGAGAGAGAAAAAUUAAUAAAUAAUGAAAUUUUAAUAUUAAAAUAAAAAUUCAUGGAGUAAAAUUUUUAAUUUUGUGGCUAUAAAAGAGUAAUACACUUUUGGAAGGUUACAUUAAAAUAAUUAAUUUUUCUUCUUUUUUACACAAUUGUAUUGUAUUUUGUUUUGCUUUUCCCUCCCACUAAAAUCCAAACUGCUAGCAGAUGCUAUUAUUGAAUUAACUUUAGAACAAAUUUUGUUUCAACUAUUUAUUAACUAAAUAUAAGUGUGUGUAUACAAAAGUUUUUUUUUUUUUUAAUUUAAUAUUUUUAUCUUACUAUUUUAUCGAAAGGGGUCAGUCAAUAAAUUAUUUCUGUAGAUUUUUAAACAAUAUUUAAAGUUUCCAUCAAAUAGAGUGUUCGAUUCAAGGGAUUCAGACUUGACAAUUUUCAAUAAACAGUCAGUGCAGUUGGUGGUGGUGCACUGUGCAUUAUUGGCACUAUUUAUUUAUUUUUAUCACCAUAGUUUUCAGAAUUUUUUUGAAGCAAAAAUCAUCUUAAGAGAUAGAUCUUAUAUUAAACGGAUGACUUGAUAAAAUUAAAAUAUCUUUACUAUAUAGCUGAGGAGAUAAUAUAUUGACCUAUUCGACCCCACAAAAAUAACAAGUCAUAAAAAAAGAUAUAAACUGGAGUUACUUUAUAAUACAAAUAUUGUUUCAUGCACUUUCAUGCUUCUUAUUGUUUGAUAAAUAAAAUAAAUGACAUGCACAAAACUAUUCUUAAUGUCAUAGAAUCAAACCUGUCUUAACAGAACUAAAACAUCAAAUAAAUAAAUAAAAAUUACAUACUCACAAUGUUGAAGGACAGUUCAGCCUUAUCAUCCCGUCAUCCAACAUAUAUUACAUAAAAUAAAUAAAUUCACAUAAAUUUCUUCAGGAGAAGGAAAUACUUAAAUAAAUAAAAUGUUCGUGAGUUUUAAAAAGUUUCUGAGCUCGAUCCGAUCAAGUCACACAGGUUUGAAAUUAACAAAAAAUUCUCAUAACUUUAGUGAAUUUAUUUAUUUAUAAUAUAACAGUUUUAUUAAGGGUAAUAUACAAUUUUACACUACUUUCUAACUAUAAGAAAAGGACAUAACAAAGUAUAAAUGCUACAAAUACCAUGCUUAAAAAUAGUUUCAAUUCUAAUAAUUUUAUCAAAUAAAUAAAAGUUAAAAGACUAAAAAGAAAUUGCACCCAGAGUUACUUAAUAAAAAAUAUUGGUUUUUGUUGUUUUGUUUUUUCUAAAGAUCCUAAACAAGAAUGUUCAGUUAAAAACAUAUUUACACAAAUAUCAAUAAGGUAACAAUAACCUUUACAAUAUAAAUAUAUAUUUUAAUUUUUACAAAUAGGAUUACUUUAAAUAGUUGAAUAUUUACACUUUAAUCAUAUAAAAAGUUAUAAAUAAAUAUUAAAAAAUUGCAACUUUUUAAAAUUAAGUUACACCCUCCCUGAAAACAAUUUUAAAAUAUUUUUGGUCUCCUCUAUAGGAACUUUUGAUUUUAAUCUUAAGAUAUUUUAACACAAAUGAUCAGUGUUAAACAAAAUAUAUAUUAUUAAAAUGAUUAAUAGUUUAUAACAAUUAUAAAAAUAAUGAUUGAACUACUAAAACAUUUGAUGAUUAAGUACUAAUAUUACAAUGGCACUUUUUUUUUUUUUUUUUUUUUUUUUUUUUACAUGCUCGCUAUUUCAUCUAGCUGAUGUAUAUAUAUAUAUAUUUCACGACUUAUUUAACUAUUAACGAAAGGCUUUAUAUUACAUAACAGAAAAGAAAUUUUCAAUUUAAAUUAAAAUUACUACAGAAAUUUGUUUUCUCUUUUUCUAUUUAUAACAAUAGGAAAAUACAAAAACAGAAAAAGGAAAAAUAAAUAAAUAAAUAAAUUAAGAAAGUAGGUAACAAAACAACACCUGCAAUGUGGAAUAACAUACAUUUCCCAAGCAUGCAUAUUUUAAUCAUUCGUUUAAAUUAAGUGCACAUUUAUAUCUACAGAUUGCAUGCUAGAAAGUUGAUUGAAGACUAUAAAAUAGAAAGUAUAAUCAUGAAAAUUGCUAACUAUUCUAUUACAAAAGAAACAAUUGAUAAAAAUAACAAAUGUACACAUGCUAUUUAAAAAAUUAAGUUGAACACACAAGUGGAAAAUAAAAUUAAAUCUAAAAUCUUUUCUCAGGAUAGAAGACUAAUAAAUUAUAGAACACACAAUAUUAGAUUAGGAAUAUUUUAAAAAUAUAAUAUUAAAAUUAUAUUGUUACAAGUCUAUUGUCGAGAAAUAACAAAACAGAAGGGGAAAACAAUUAAUUCAAUACCCAAUUUGAGACAUAAUGUACUCAAUGAAAGUAGUUUUCACUACGUACCUCCAACAUGAUAGUUUGUUUAUUAUUCUAUUCCGAACAUAUAUAUACUAUAAACAUGUAUGUAAAUUUAAUAAUUAUCAUUUUUUCUAAAUUUUGUUUAACUGAAUAUACAUUGAGCCCUUGCCAACAGGAAAAAAAAUCCAUAUAAACAGAAUUUGUAAUAAAUUAAAAAUCCUGUGGAAUUUAAAAGGAGCCACACAGGUGCAUGCAGAAAGGGAGAAGUAAAAAAUUUCAAUUUUACGGUCAAUAUUGAACCCAAUUAAUGGUGUUCCUAUCUUUAGUACUUUGUUUACUAAACACUUAUUUUUUUUUUUUAAACCUUAGUAUCAUAAAAGUUAACUCCUUCCAAAACAUAUUAUUUUUACUAAAUAAAAAAUUCUAAAUACUGAGAGGACCAAAGAAAUUUUUAUUUAACUAGAUACAGUGGAACUGAAAAAUAUAAAAAUUGUUUAAAAAAUUAAAUUAUAGAUUGAAAGUUAAACAAAAUAUGUACAUGUAGCCAGUUUAUGUUCAUCAUUUUUCUGAAUAUUAAUACAGAGUGAUCCAAAAAGAACGGUCAGUUUUGAAAUAAAUAUAACCUUUAAGUUUGAUAAUGUAUAUUUUUUUUUAAAUUUACAAAUAUUAAUUCUACAUUUACCCAAUUUAAAGAAUGCAGAUAAAUAUAAAAAAAUGAUACUGUUCAUGUACAGAAAAUCACUUCUGAAAUAGAAGUUAGUAGCAGAGGCAAUUUAGGGACAAUUACCAGAAGUCUGUGAGCCAAUUACAGUUCCCAAUUUGCCUAAUAAUGGCACAGUAAAAGAUCGAACACACCAUUUGUAUAGAAAAAGUAGUUAUAGAAAGAAAAAUUGUAAUAGAAGUGAUGAAGAACUUUUAAGUGCUUAUAUGAUGAAAUUUAUCCUUCAUAUGUGAUUCUCUGUAUUUGAACGAUUUAUGUUCUGUUCAUUAUUCAUUUUAUUUUAAACUAAGUUGGGUAAACAACAGAAUUCAAGUAUGUAAAUUAAAAAAAAAAAAAAUUAACAAUCUUAGCAGUUUUGUAUUAACAAAAUAAAGAGUUUUCCCUAUCCUGUAUGUACAAUGAAAACUAGUGAUAAUAAACAAAGUAAUAAGAUAUAUAAACAUUAAAAAAAAUUCUGAAUUAUUAACAAUUGAUAUUCAACUUUUAAAGACUUAUUAUAACUUUUAGGAGUAUUAAUAGAUUUAUAAGUCGAUAAAAGCCUCGCCCAUCUUGACACAAAAACUUGGGUGACUUCCUCCACUGACAACUACUUGACUACUUGAAAUGCUGUUAAUAUAUUGAAACUGUUAAUGUCUCAAUCUCUUGAAUGAAUGUAGCGAGAGCAAGUCAAUAGCUCAAGCCUAAAUAAUGCUGCAAUCAUUUAAACAAUUACUUAAAAUAUGCCAAUGAAUAGAAAAACAGUAUUAAGUCCUGUCCACUAUCAACAUACUCGUACACUGAUGCAAAGUGUAUGGUAGCAAUCACAUAUGAACAUGUUAUUGUUUGUUUACAAUAAAAUAUUCUACUUAAAAUUUAUUCCAAACGUUUUGUAAUUCACAUAUGAGCUCUAGUCUUGUCACUUAAAAAUAAUCGAGUAAGAUCAACAAAUUGGUAUUCAUUUGAAUGGGGGGAGGGGGAAGGGGAAGGAGAGCAAUAAAAUAAAAGAACAAUCUUACUUGAUUACAACAAUCUAUCACCUAUUCCUAAAAUGUCUAAUAAAAAAAAAUUACUUUAAAGGUCCUCAAGAGAUUCAUUUAUUAAUGGCAAGUUUGAAAAAAUAUAAACUAUUAAAUUUUAUUCAGAUCAUAAAUAUUUUUCGAGUAUAUUUAUCUACAAGAAAUUAAAAGUAAAACAUCAUGACUAAUCGGUAUAAGGAUCCCUAACGGGUCGCAGUUAUGCGAUGGUUAAAUUAAAUUAAUUAGUAAAUAAUUUACCAGCAAUAAUAGAAUUAGGUAAACGUGAAGGGAACUAGUCCACCAAGUGGGACUUUUUGCCAACCCCCGAUGGCUGCCCUGAGGUUGACACCGAGUACUUUCCGGAAUGGGGAUAUCAAGAUUUAUUUCCCGAGGCCACCAAGAAAUAAAUAUUAACAGGCCCAAGAAAUGAAUGAAUUUUAAGAUUAAGCAGAAGAAAGAUCCAGAAGGUUAACUACAACAAGAAUCAAGGACAUUUGAAAACACAGAUACUAAAGAUGUCCGUCUUAUGCCUCUUUAUCUCAUCGCUAAUACAAAAGUAUAAAUCGCAACAUUUAUACGUCUUGAAUACUAGAAUUUAUAAAAUUAUCAAGUUUUUCCAACCUUUAUGAAAGAUCAGGACUAUGAACUAUGGACAGAGGACCAAGAAGCAACAGGAAUAAAAUCCUAAUCGUAGCACAUAAAUAUAAAUAUUAUACAUAACCAAUAAAUAUAAUGCGUCUUAUAAUUCCAUUAAGUAAUUUAUAUCAUUCACAGACAACGUAUUUUAGAAGAAUAAAAAUGGAUAGCAAUCCGUUUAUUUAAAAAAUAAAUAAAUAGUAAAGCUUUAACUACAAAAAGAAAUCCUUUUACUGAAAUAGUGUAACAAUAAUAUAUCCUUGAGAUAUAUAUUUUCAAGAAACCUUCUCUUCCCUUUAAUUUAAAUAAAAAUAUAUUUUAUUUGACCUGAAUUUAAUAUAUUAAAUUUAAAUCUUAAUAUAGAUGUCUUAACUCAUACAAUCUUCAAUUAUAUCAAGUCCGUAUAUUGUAGGCUGAACUUAUGCACCUCUAACUAAUCAUAAAUACUAAUGACUACAUAGAAAAAUGGGUAAGACAAGUAAAUAAAAAAAAAAAUAUAGAUGCCAUGUUACACGGACUUAUUAUCUUUUGAAGUCUCAUAUAAUUUCAAUUAUUAUUGUCAAUUUAAUUUACUAGUGAAACUAGAAACAAGUAACUGAACUAUAAAGAUGAGAUCAUUUUUUAGUUUAUAUUUAACAUUUGUUUUUUGUUCUUGUCGAAUAUUUAAGGAUUGAUAAAAAUAAUUUACUACCCUAUCAUCUCCAAUUAUCCAUGGGCACAUAAGAUGGAUUCCAUUAUAGAAAAAAAAAAGUAUAAAGAAUUUAAUGCUUUAAAUUGGAACAGUAGUUUAUGCUGAGGAUUUGGAUAGUAUUUCACGUGUCACAGUUGGGUCAAGAUUACAUCAAUAAUAUCGAAGAUGGCCUAAUGUUUGCCUUAUAACUCUGGCAUUAAUCCUCCACCCUCUACCCUGGCCCAAUAAAAAUUAUGGUACUUGAGAACAGUCUGGUCAGCAGUAAACCUCCCUUCUUAUCUUAUUUUACGUCACAUAACCUGUCUUUUUAUCUAAUGUAAGCUGUUGCAUGUGCAUUAUUGCAUUGGUUAUUUUUGUUCUAUUGUUUAUGGUUGAAAUGGAUGUUAUUAUAUUAUGGAGAUUGCCAUCUUCAAGAGAAGAGGCUAUCAAAUAUUUUCAAGAUGCCGGGAUAAUUACAAAGGUAAAAUAUUGUGAUGAAAUGAAGUUCAACGUGAAGAGGAAGUGGAGAUGCUUUCGUAGGACUUGUAACAAAAACAUAUCUAUAAGGAAAGGAACGUGGUUAGGGGGGUCGCAGAUUACCUUUUCAAUCGCUUUAAAUUUAAUUUAUGGGUGGUCUCAUAAUUUGACAAUACAGUGGUGCAAAGAGCAGCUGAAACAGAUGUAUCAAUGUGAAACAAAUUUUUUAACAGAGGUUUGUGCCCGUAACAUGUUAUACAGGUCAACUAAGAAAAUUGAAGGGCCUGAGAAAGUUAUUGAAGUAGACGAGUCUUUUUCUAAAAGAAAAAAUCAUGUAGGGAGAGUUCUCCUUGAACAAUGGAUGUUUGGCGGAAUUUGUCGAGAAACAGACAAGUGUUUCAUCGUAAAACUAAAGGACAGAAAGGCAAGAACUUUAUUAGAAUGUAUUAAAAACAGUAUCGAAGAGGGAAGCAUAAUUUAUUCUGACUGUUGGGAAGGAUACAACAUUCAACAAUUGAAUGAAGCAAACUAUUAUCAUUCGCAGGUGAAUCACUGGUAUAACUUUGACGGUGAAAAAAAAAAAAAGAGUGGAGAGUGGCAAGAUGUUUAUCAUAAAACUGACCCAGGUGGGAAUCAAAUCCACAAUGUUCGGAAUCGGGCAUUCUGGGACUCACACCCCAACAUGCUCGGGCAUUACGUCCUCUUGCCACAUCUAUUUAUAUAAUAAACAUGAUCUUGAUCCACCUGUCAAUAAGAUGUGGCACUAGAACAAUUCCCCUAUUGCCAGAAAUGACAAGAUCGGGAGCUAUAAAAAAUAGAAAAUUGGCACUUAUGAACUAGAAUUAGAAAUCAUUUUUGUCUACAUCUUUGAUUCAUCGAAUUCGAGAAUAAUUUAGAACAAGUAAAAUUAGGAGAACCCUCAUAAAGAGCUAUCAUUCAAAGAGCCGACUUGCCAAAAAUUAACUCGAGGGAAGGGAUGGUACAAGAAAAACUUCAAAUAGUGUAAACAAUUUAUGCAAACCAACAUUUCAAUCCAUUCAGCAUGUCUUCAUCAGGAAUAAACGAAAAAGAUACUAAACAAUAUAGAAUUAUUGUAAGAGUUUAAAGUUAAGAUAAAUGGCAUAUAGAAAAAUAAAUAACUAGUAGCAAACUAAAUGAAAAAUACAAUAAGGUUGUUAAAAUGUAAAACAAUAAUAGAUAAUAAUAAUAAAAAAAAAAAAAAACUGUAGCACUAAAAUCCAUGAAGGCUCUUGUGGGUUCAGUACUCUGUUGGGAAGUACUGUUUCCACGCCAGUGGGUUGAGCAGGGAGGUAAUUGCGUGGAGAUCAUCUUUAACCGCCAGUUUUUUUCUUAAUAAAAUAAUUGAGGGUACUACUUUAUAGAGGCUGAGUGUGCACCAGGGUCUUUUGACCAUACAGGUAGAGCCAUAGUGGAUGACAAAUAAUAUAUAAAUAUCAGUUAUAACCAAAGUCAAACCUGGGUCCUUGAGAACACACAGUACCUUAGUUACUAAGCUACCCACUCCUAAUAACUAAAAUAGAAUGAAUUACAAAUUGAUAAAAAUGUAUACUGAUAAAUAAUCGACAGAUAAGGAAAUAAAUAAAUUGAUUUAUCACGAUACCUCUUGUUAUGGAGGUAAAACCAAACCUAUACCAUAGUGGAAAUGUCAGCCACGAAAUAAAUUUCAACCCUCCCAGACUGGAUUUGAACUGGCCUCACAGUCUUAAUGCAGGCAAUACUUCAACACACUCGGCUUUUUCUAUGUCAUCAAAGUUAAACUUUAAACUCUUACAAUAAUUUUAGAUUGAUUGCAUAUAAGAAACAUGUUAUGUAACUUGUUCAUUUAUCACUGAUGAAGACUUAUAAAGUGGGCCGAAAUGUAGAUUACAAUAAAUAGUUUACACUAUUUGAAAUUCAUUUUUGGCACUGCCACUCCUGGCCAUCUCAUCUCUAACCUCAUUAUGGUAAGAGUCAACUAAUAAUCACUGUAGGCUAACAAGUGGGUACUGUCAACUAAUAAUUAUUCAAAAAAGGAAACUUACUCAUUUAAAGCAAGCAUUCUCAGAACUUGAUAAACUUAUGAAGACCUACAAGAACAGACUAUAGGUGAAAUAUAUAUAUAACAGUAUUUAUCAAUAGUACACUAUGACUAUCGUCAUCUUCACAGUGAUAUUUAGAAAGAUGUUUAUGACUGCUACCCUCUUGUCCUAAUUUUACCUCCUCAAUAACAUGGUAUCAUAUUCUGUUUCAUUUAACAAAAUCAUUAAUUAGUAAAGCAAACUCCCAACCAUUCCUAAAAUUCUACAAUUCAGUUUACUUCUUUAUAAUUCUUGUUUUUUUCUUUUUAGAACAACCAUGUAUAUAAUGUAAACUUGUUUAUUAUACAAUCAAAUAUUUUAUUAUAUCUAUAUUUUGAUAUUGGUUACGCAUUUUUUAAAAAUAGGAGACCUCCCUCCUAAACAUUUUGUUGCAAAACAGCAAUUUUAUAAUUGGAUAAAUACUUAAAAUAAUUAUUUAAAAAUUAAGGUCCAUAAGUACUGGCUUCAGUUUAUAUAUUUAUGCUAUAGUCCAUUCUGGAAAGACUUCUCAUUUAUGAACCUUUAGAUUUUAUUAACAAUUAAUUAUGCUCUAAUUUUCCACUCCGGGUCUGCCUUAGUGUGACUUAAAAAUGUAAAUAUGAGUGAAUAAGUAGCUAUUUGGCUCGUUACCUUUUCAGUCAUAUUUACAUUUAAGUCAGGCCAACCAGGCCGGAAUGGACAAUUGGGCACUUUGCUUUAUUCUUCUCACCGGCUCCGUAACUCCAGCUGCUCUGGCAAUGAUUAAAAUUUCAGAAUUAGAUAGAUCGGUUUCAAAUUUCUAUAACAUCCUCAAAGCAGUAGCCUUUGAGCUGAUGGACAAUAACAUUUUAUAGUCCUUUCAUAUGUUUAUUAAAGCCGAUUCGAAAAAAAUAUUAUUACCCUAAAUGACUGUUUUCUUUUUACAAGAUAACAAUUAGGAUAAAGUAGUCUGAGUAAGAAAAAAUAAAUAUAUUAAAACUUUAUAAAAUAAAAUUAAAAAAAAAAACAACUCAAAACCUUAUAACCCUUUAACUCUUAACAACCAUAUAAGAGAUAUAUAUACAUUUUUUUUUUUGUUUUUAAACAAAAACCUGAAGGUGUAAUGAUAGGUAAUUUACCUAAUGUUUUAAGGUAUUUGAUAACAAGGCAAAUUACAAUAAAAUUGUAAUUAAAAUGGAGCUGAAGUUAGCUCAAGGAAAAGUAUUAUUAACGACUUUGUAAUAGAUAAUUUAAAUUUUUAUCUACUCUACAGUAUUUAAGUAAAAUUUAAAUCUUCAUCUACUCAAGGAAAUCUUUACUCUGGAGGCGGUGGGGGAGGAGGUUCAGGAGGUGGUUCGUCCGGCAACGGAGGAGGCGGAGGGUAGGAAGGAACAAAGAAAUAUUGGAAGGGAGGGGCAAUCAUAGGCUGAUACAUGUGCUGAACAUGGGGUGGGGGUUGAAAACGAGGAGCAUAAUAUGCAUGCCUGGGGUGCCUCAUCCUACCUCUUCCCCGACGGUGCAUUGGCCUCUGGUGGUGUCGAGGAUACCCAGGUUGGAAAUUAGGUAAUCUGGGAUGGGGGGGUACAGAUGACCCUGAAGGAGAAACCUUGUAAGGCAAUGGUUGCUCAACAGUUUCUUUAUCAACAGAUUUUGGAUGGAUUUCAUUAAUUUUAGGAGGUGAAUAUUUGUGGUUACAGGAUUCAUUGGACAUAGAAUUGGUCCCCUCCCUAUUUAUUUCCCCUUUUUCAUUUAAAUCUAAAUUAGUUACCUGAACUGCCCCAUUCGGUCGCUUUGUGCCAGUUGCAGCACCUGGGCUCUCGCUCCGGUCCCUCUUUCGUGAAUCUUUCAACUUUUCUUUGGGAAUUUUCAAUUUCACAGGUGAAGUUUGCUGCACGGGAGUGAUAGGUGUUAUCUUGUCCUUUGCGAUCUUGAUUUUAAGAGAUUGUUCCUUCACAGGGGGCACUGUCGUCAAUUUGUCUUUUGGGAUAGUGAUUACUAUAGGUCCAGGUUCCUUAUGUUUUUCCUUCUUGUGUUUGUGUUUAUCUUUGUGCUUUUCUUUGUGUUCUUUAUGUUUCUUUUUCUUCUUUUUGACUUCUUUAUGUUGUUCUUCGACUUCUGGAGGUAAAACAGUUUCUACUGGGGGUUUAACCUCUACUACUUCCGGUUCGAUUUCUAUUUUUUUUUCUUUUAUUACAGGUACAGGAACUUGGGCUACAACAACAGGUGGUGGGGGCGGAGGAGGCGGAGGUGGUUCUUCUACUCUCUCUUCUUUUAUCCUCAAAAUUGGUUCAGGCUUGGGUUCUGGUGUAGUUGAAAUUUCAGGACUAAAUAUAGACCUUUCUACUUUAGGAACUGGAGGAACACUAGCCGGUUUAGGUACUUCGACAGUUGGGGGCUGUUGAGGAAAAUAAUGUUGCUGUUCCUUUUUGUAUGGUGGCUGAGGGUGAUGCUCAGGGCGCUCAGGCCUCCUAGGCCUCUGAUCUUGAGGAGGCGGUGGUGGUUUGUGACUUGCUCUCAUAUUAUUACUACUUGCAGCGUUGGCAACUACACCAGGAGCAUGAGAAGGGGGUGGUUGUGUUCUUUGAGGAGGGCCAAACAUGCAUGAAGACUUAGAUGACAUGUUUGGCACAUUCUCGUUCCUGA